GGAGGCGUGGCUCAUGUGACAAGGCCCCUCCCCCAACCCACCGCAGUCUGGCCCCCAAGGCGUGAUCCCUCAGCUUUGCAGAGCUUUAAAUUCCGCGCUAGGAGAUGGGCUCGUUCCCGACUCUCAAGCAGCGGGCCCUUGGCUGUACUCCCACCUGAGCACUUUCCCCCGGAGUACCCUGCGCUGCCUGCCUACUAUUAGGGAUGGGGUUGUGUGGCUACUCGCUGUUGCCCGUCCUCCUCUUCCUGCUCUCAGGGGUCCAUGAUGCCUCCUCCUACAAUCCUUCCAACUGCCUUCUUAAUGAUGUGCAGGGUACCUGGGUCUUUCAGGUGUUCGAGGGUCAGGGCCCGAAAGACAAUCGCAUUAACUGCUCUAAGCUGGGGUCACCAAAAAACAAAGUGGUAAUACACCUGCGAGGCUUAAAUGUAGCAGAAGAUCACAUUAGCAGUUCUGGCUUCUUCACCAUCAUUCACAAGAAAGGUUUUGAGGUUGUUUUAAAUGACCACAAAUGGUUUGCCUUCUUCAAGUAUGAGGGCAAUUAUCGACAUUGGACAGUUUAUUGUAAUGAGACAUUUCCUGGAUGGGUACAUGAUGUUCAGGGCAAGAAUUGGGCAUGUUUCACUGCAAAGAAAAGCUCUGAUGAAAAUAUACGAAUCAGUGAGGCAAGGCAUGGACAGGAAACUAACAGUAACAGACGUGAAUUUGGGAAACCUAUCAACAGAGCUCAGAAUUCCUGGACUGCCACUGGCUAUGAAAAAUCCAAUGUAAAUCAAACGAUGAAGAGAAGUUGUCACAGUUCAUUCCCCAGGCCAAAACCUGUAUCAAUGUCCCAGAUAAUGCUUCAUAAAGCUCAAACUUUGCCCCGUUCUUGGGACUGGAGAAAUGUUAAUGGUGUCAACUAUGUUAGUCCUGUUCGAAGUCAUGGCAACUGUUAUGGCAGCUACGCGUUUGCUUCCAUGGCCAUGCUCGAGGCAAGAAUCCGUAUCCUAACGAACAAUUCCCAGACACCAGUGCUCAGUACUCAGCAGAUCUUCUCUUGCAGUGAAUAUUCUCAAGGCUGUGAAGAAGGCAUCUCAUAUCUCACUGCUGGAAAGUAUGCCCAGGACUUUGGGAUAGUGGAAGAGAAUUGCUUUCCCUACCUGGAUGGUCGUGCUACUCCAUGUUCCCCAAAGAACUGCCCUCGUUAUUAUGUUUCUGAGUACCACUAUGUGGGGGGCUUCUAUGGAGCGUGCACUGAAGAGCUGAUGAGGCUCGAGCUGGUUGAGCAUGGGCCCAUUGUUUCCCUUUUUGAAGUGUAUGAUGACCUCCCUAGGCACCGAAAAGGAAUCUAUCACCACAAAUGCAAUGGAGGCAUGUUUUGUAACGUUAAAUUAAUCAAUUUUGAGGUUCUUAUUAUAGGCUAUGGCACUGAUGAGGAGACUGGAGAGGAUUACUGGAUAGUUAAAGAUGGCUUGGGGACGACUUGGACUGAGACGAGUGGGUUCUUCCGAGUUCGCCGAGGCACUAACGAAUGUGGCAUUGAGGGCGCUGCUGUGGCUGCCACUCCAGUUCCCAGGUUGUAGGGCAUUUCUAUAUUCUCCUCUCUCGGACUCCAUAGAUGAACUCAGGGACAAGUCUAGAUUUCAUGAGAGAUUUUUUGAAAACUUCUGUGUGAAUGUAAUAAAUUAUUGAUUCUUAAAACUCAAAAGUGCCUACUAAACCCCAGCCCCACUUUGGGUGUGGCUCUCUAUCCAAAGAUCUUUUACUGAGAACACAGUUCAAUGAGGUUUACAGGGUAGUAGAGAGCAGUGGGAAAAUGAAUCUUAAUAGUCAUUUGUAAUUCAAAGAAAUGUUUAAAGAAAAAAAUAUUGUGAUUUAUGUUUGUAAAAUUACCAAACUGUUUUAAAAUGGAGGGGUAGGGGAAGAACAUGAAUCAUGUAAUCAUGGAAAAAUAUUCUAA